UUUUGCCACGCCGGGGAGUCGAGGUAGCCCCACGCAGCGGGCUGCUGUACCUGCCCGUCGCGCGCCGCGCACCCCUCCGCUCCGCCGCGAUGGACGCGUCUGGAAUAACCUUGGUGUGAGCCCGUCGAGCGGCCGGAGAGAGGAGCGAGAGGCUGCACGGCGCGGCGGCGGAACAUCGGCGAUCGCUGGCGUGAACAUGGCGGAGACCGUACGCUCGCUCUUCGACUACCGGGAGCCGCACAGGCUGGACGGCGACGGCGAGGGCGUCAAGCCGGCACCGCCACUGCGGGGGCGCGGCUGUGGAAGGAAAAGGAAAGGGACACCUGUGAAAGUCUUUGUUACACACACUGAGGAGGAGAGCGUGCCUGAACACAGCUUCAGCCCAGGUGAUCGUAAGGAAGCAGAGAGCAGAGUAGAGAAUAAACGGUCCACACUGGACGGGCCCUUCUACAACACAGAGGCUGUGCCCCACAACUGUGGUCCAUCAGAGCAGGCUCAUGACAGAGAUGCCGCUGGAUCCAAGAUCAGCUCCUGCUCAGCCUCCACACCAGCUUCUUCCUCAGCCCCAACCCCAACACCGGUCCGUGCUCCUGCCCCGGCUACGGCAACUUCAGCCCAGGCCGUGUCUCUGACCCCUGCGUCCACUGCGCCGGCAGCUCCGACAGCCUCUGCUCCGGCCCCAACGGCUGGCUCCUUCCCCCCCUCCCCGAACUGUCGCAUCCGAGAGGUCCACUGUGGCAGCCAGGUGCGGCUGGUCGUGAUCGCCAUCCGAGACAUCACCAAAGGGGAGGAGAUCACUGUGGACUACAGUUUGACCGAGUGGGGAGAGAACCUGGGUUUCCGUGGCACUGUGUCUCCAGUGCAACACGAGUGUAAUUCUGACACUGAAAAUAACAACAAUAUUAAAAAGGAGGAUGAGCCCCUCUCUCUGACAGCCCAGCAGCGGCAACAGCAGCAGCAGCAGCAGGAGUAUGUCACCCCCUCCUGGUCCCUAUCCCCAUCCUCCUCCCCUAUUUCUCACUCUGAUGCCAGUGACUCAGAUGCUGGUGAUGAGGACAACGCCAGCCCCCGUGGGCGCACACAACGUCGGCGCAAAAAACGUCGUGGCACCCCUUCAAAGAAAAAGACCCCCCAUCGGAUGCAACCUGGGUGCCUGACACCAGUCUCACCUACCAGCAUUCCACAUCAGAACCGUCCGCUGCCUUUAUCCCAUCCUCCAGCGCAGUCCUCCCCACCCUGUUCGUCUUCCUCUUCUUUGGUAAAGCCCGUGUUCAAAGCUCCGGUUCCGCUGGGCUCCAACAGCACAAGCAACAUCAACUCCUCCAGAGGAGUGUCCAUUGACUCCAUGCGCCAAACCUGCGAAUACUGUGGCCGCCACUUUCGCUCACUGGGACGCCACUUAGACAAACACCACGCCCACCAACCAGAAGUGUGCUCUGCCCUUGUGGAGCGUUACACACAGAUGCCCCGCCUGCACGCACAAAACACAAACCCCACCGCAGCUCUCUUACACACUCAGCAGCACUCGAGGUCGUCACAGGUCGCGGGACAGAGCCGCUCUUCAGAUCUUCCACAAAGUGGCGUCCAGGACCUCUCCAUGUCUCCACCCACUCUCACAGCAGCCAGCCAAUCCCCUACGUCCGCUGGAAGGAACUCCGCCCCACCUGUGUUGACUCCUCCACGAGGACAGAACGCAGUGCCAGUGUCUGUGUUAAAGAGGAGCCCUCCCCCCGUGGCUGUGAUGCAGUCCAAGAACGGAGCGAUGAGGAGGCUUACGAAUGACCGACAGGAGGAGGAGGAAGAGGAGGAUGAAGAUGAAGAUGUGGAAGUUGUUGAGGUAAAGAGGCCCAAAGAGGAGGAGGAUGUGGAGGUAGUGUGUCCUCAGUCGUACAGCAGUAAGUUGGCCAAAGAAGUGGAGCCACCAAAAGAGGAGGAAGAUGAGGAACACGAGGAAUACGAAGAGGAAGAGGAGGAGGAGAAUGGAGUGAUGGAGGUGGAAGAUGAGAGUGGUGCAGAGGAUAAGGAUAAGGACUUGCUGAGUAGUUCCGGGCGUCACCACCUCCUGCCCCUGCUCUCGUCCCUGUCCUCUCUGGUCCUGUACCUUCGUCGUCUGCAGCACUCGGCCUUCUUGUCCCUGUCUCGGCAGCUGCAGUCAGCCGAGGCUUGGCGCCUUCUCUGCCACUCCAGCCUGGCUCUCCUGAUCCUGUACAACCGACGGCGCGAGUGUGAGGUCUCAAAGCUGUCUAUUGCCGAAUACCAUGCUCGUGUCACUCCCCAGUGCCCCGUUCCUGUCCCACCUGGCGCCCCUCCAGCUCUCACCCCACUGGAGGCCUCCCUGUCCCCCUUUGAACGCCUGGUGCUUCCUCAUCUUGCAAGGGUUGGGGUCCAGGGAAAGCGUGGACGUGUUCAGCCCCUCAUCCUCCCCCCUCAUUGUGAGCCAUGCCUGGAGCUCCUACUACAGACACGGCAGGAUGUAGGAGUUGACCCCGCAAACCCUUAUGUCUUUGCCAGGCCCUAUCACUCUCCAGCCACACCACUGCGUGGCACCGAUCUCCUCCGCAGCCUGGCCCGCUCUAGCGGUACCCGCAAUCCCCGCGCCCUUACCCAGACUAGGGUUCGCCGCCAGGUAGCAAUCCUGACCCAGCUGCUGCUUCUGGGAGAAGGAGAAGAGCCUGGGCAGCCAGGAGGCAGCGCUGUGGAGAGGCUGGAGCACUUUCUCGAGAGGGAGUACCAUGUGACACAGAACUGUGCCGGAAUUGGCCAAGACCCAGGCCUGAUGGGCAGAGUGGGCAGAGUGGUACUUUGUGGAGAAAGGGAUGGAGUGCUGUUCAGAGGAAUGAGCCUGAACCACAUCUGCUUGGAACUGGAUGUUAUGUCAGGAAACUCUGCAGACUCUUACUCAGAGGGAGAGUCUGAAGGAGAGCAGUUAAAGGAGAACCCAGAAGUACAUUCCCCUGCUCCAGCUCCAGCUCCAGCUCCGACUCCGACUCCUACACCUACUCUGCUGUACGUCAGGAAGGGCAAGAACAACGGGCGGGUGGGACGACCAAAGAAGCUCAAGAACAUCCAGCAGCCCCCUCCGCCGCCUCCAACUCCACCCGCAAACCGCAGGAGGGGCUCAGGUAAACGAGGUGUCCUGAAGCGUCCCUGGUCUGAGGCGGAGCGUGCGGCCGUCGAGGAGCACCUGACCCGAAACAUCACUGAGCUCCGAGUCCCCGCCAAGGCCGACUGCGAGCGCUGCCUGCAGCAGUGCCCCCUGCUGGUCAGCAACCACCGCGACUGGCGGGCCAUCAAGUUCUACUGCCACAACCGCAUUCAGCUGCUGAAGAAGAACCAGCGGCGUGACAACGAGCCGCUGCCCCUCAUCGUCUGCUGAGAAGAGGGAGUGUUUGAUGGAGGGAGGGAGGGAGAGAGGGAGGGGGCUAGAAGAGGGAUAUUUGGUGUGGUGCAGCUGAUCAGAACAGAUUCUCAAAUGGUACCCUGCUGCCCAGGAAAUGCACUAAUUUUGAGAGGACGUUCCUAAAUUUCACAUGGCUCUUCUUGUAGCGUGGUUUGUUUUUUGACAUGGUUUGUAAUUUGACAACCUGAUGGCAUUUUUUUACUAUGAGCCACACAAGAACAGAGAUUUCAAUUGACGUUUUUCGCUGCUCUACUUCAAGGUCUUAAAAUUUACACUCGAGUCUUCAUGGUGCUCCUCUUUUUGAGGGUCACAGUGCAAAGUCUUGUCAAAAGCAGUGCACGUGCACGGGUGCCGUUUGAGACACGCCUUGGGGACGUCAGUAACCACGGUGCUGACCGCAGCCUGUGUUGAAUAUGGACACGUUGUUUUCACCUUCCGAGGUGGAUACGCUCAACUGAAAUGUAAACAAGGAGGCAACUGAGCCCUACAGUGUUGUUAUAUGAACGUCGUGAAGUAGCAUUAGUGUUUUAUGCACUUUGGAGACGUUAAUAGGACAAAUGGCCUCUGCCUGGGUCACCCUUUCCUCAACAGUGGCUUUACUAUUAGAGUAGGCCUAACUAAUGCUAACCUAGAAGAAUAGAUUAAUCUUCUUUUCAUACAGCUGACUGUGCAAUUCUGACAACGGUUUCAUUAUAUUUGGACCUUAAUUCACAUGUAAGGUACUAGGCGAUGAGUUACGCUUUUGCAGUUACAAUGAAGUUUGUUUGUUUUUUUGUUUUCGUUUUUUUACUGAAACAGAACACACUAUUAUUAUAAUAUUAAUUUUAGUUGUGGUUGUCAUCGCAAAGGAAAUGAAAUGGCAUCAGAAUGUUGUGAAGUUACUGUUGAAUACCUAAGAUGUUUAGUUAAACCCCCAAACUUGUCCUUGUCUUUUCUCCCCACAAUCAGACACAGUCGAGGUGUCAACAGCUCCCGUUUCCCCCCCAGAAGAACAGUGUGUUCAUAUUUCCUAUUGUUUAUUGUUUUCUCUGCCUGUUGCACAUUUGAUAUUUGGAGAAGUGAAAACGGUGCUAUAGGCCAAUUAGCUGGAUACCACUUUAUGUGCGGAGAGGAUAUGUCCCAUGGUCGUGUUAUAAAUGUUUCUUUUUAAAAAAUGGGCAUUUAUCAGAGAAGUGAUUGUUCCGUGUUGCCAUGUUUGUUGCAUUGUCUGUGUCGACUUUUCCAAUGGCUAGAGCUCAUCCUGUACUUUCCCAGCCACACUACACGGUUUGCAGCUCGACCACAUUCUCUUCAGUGUUUCUGGAAAUCUGCGUCCAUCGGACUGAAACCUCCAUGAAACCUCUUGACAGAUACUUGAAGAUAUUUUGCAGAAUCUUUAUGUUCGAUCUCGCUCUAGCCUUGCCAGUUACCGUGUACAUAACAAAUAUAUUAUCAUUAUGCUAACUGGUUGUUUGUGCUAGACUAUAUGUAGCUUUUUUUUUCCAUUUCCGAGUAAUUGCUAUCUGUACAUAAGCCUAUGUGUAAAUACUCCUCAGAGAAACAAAGAAAAAACACAAUGUAUGACAUGCUUUGGUUAUUGUGUUAUGUUUUUUCUUUUUUAUAAGUCUUAUAAAAAUUUAAAGUUC